GUCAUCAGACUUUCUAUGAUGGUGCUGAUAACCACCUCCAGGAAUUCUUCACCUGCCCAUGGACACCCCCUUUUGCGGAGACACUCGCAAGCUACUCCUUGAAUCAUGCCAGGAUUUAGGAUAUACUGCACAUCCUACAGGCACAAUGGUGACCAUUGAAGGCCCCAGAUUCAGCAGUAAAGCAGAGAGCAAAAUGUUCCGCCAGUGGGGUGGUGAUGUUAUCAAUAUGACAACAGUUCCUGAGGUUGUGCUUGCAAGAGAGCUUGGCUUGCUUUAUGCUGCUGUUGCAAUGGCCACUGACUAUGACUGCUGGAGAGAGGGUGAGGAGGUGGUCAGUGUGGAGAAAGUCCUCAAAACUGUCAAAAUGAAUGCUGAAAAAGCAACUGAAGUUCUGAAGACAGUAGUUUCCAAAAUUGCAGCCAGAGAAUGGACAGAGAAAAUUUCAACAACCACAAGUGCCGUGAAGAGCAACAUAAUGCUUGCACAGUGAAUUAUGACAAGGAGAGCAGAGAAUUGUCACAGGUACAAAUUCCUUGGCCAUAUGUUUGACAGAAGUUCCUGACUUGUAAUUAGCAGAGACACCGAGAAACACCUGGAAGGAUUUUUUUUUCUUUUUUUACUGAGUUAAGGAUGGAAAGUAAUAUAAAAGGUCGAAGAACAAUAUUAGGAGAAUGAGUAAUGCACCCCCCACCCUCAGCAUCACUUUGCAAUUUUGCAAUGCUUUAUCAGUAGAGCAUGCUGAGUAAUACAGAUGUGACUUACUUAGUUAUUUUAAAAUAACCAUAAAUUUGUAUUAAAUAAAAAUAAAACAACUAUAGCGUAUCCAUAGUCACACACAUGUAUGCACAUCUGAUUUGUUGAAGAUCUAAUAUUAAAUUUGAAAUAUACUUUUAGAAUAUUUUUAAAUGGAAAUUGUAGACCUUUAUUUUUUAAAUAGUAUUUUGUUACAUUAUAAUGUUGAUAAUUUGUUUUUAAAGUUUAAUUGUAAUGUAUAUCUUAAUAGAUUAUGCUGCCUGGAACUGCAUGCUCAGAUUGUUAUAUUGACUAGUAAAAAAUCCUGUAAAUGUUGGUGCAACUUUUUUUAACCUGGUAGAAAAUUAUAAUGCAUAAAAAAGUCCAUUAAAAAUAAUGAUUUAAAUCCAUUUUAAUUCUUAAUUUUACUAAAAAUACCUUCCUACAUAUUUUAACAUGAUAUGUAAAUGCAAAUAUGUUACCAGUAGGGUUAUCUACUGAGAUAAACUGUUGUUUCAAUAGUGCAUGAUUUAAAAUCAUUUGCAUGAGCAUCAAAAGCUACAUGAAUUUCUUACACUUACUUGCUUUAAUCUGCCAUGCUUAGUGAAAUAAUAAAUCACAUCCUGUUCUAUUUUCCUAAACAUAAGAGUCCACUUCUUUGAUGUGUAUUGCACUUGUGUUUAUCCAUACUCCAUGGCAAGACAGCAUAACUGUCAUAGCUCGUGUGUAUUUUUGUACAAGGCAUGUAUCAUCUAGUUUGAUUAGCAUGUUCAGUGUUCUUACUGUUCUUUUCCCCUUCAACUUUAACUCAUGUGCAGGUUUAACAUUUCUUAAAAUUGGAAAAACUAUUGUCUUCAGUCUCAUUACAGUUAGUUUAUUUACAGUGACCUUAUGCUGUUGUUAUAUUUUGCUACAUACUAUGCAUUCCUUUCAGAAAUUUAUCAUAUAGUCUGAAAUUCAGUUAAAUAUAUUUUUUUAUAAAAUGUUAUAUCUAUACAGAGUUGUGAAAGUUAUAGCUGAGUCUUCCUCUAUACAAAAUGUGUAACAGUUAAAUACUAGCAGAUAGUAUUUGCUUGAAAGCAGGUGCCUUGGUAUUACAUAUUGAUGUAAAGUAAAUUAAUAAAUGAAACUUACAAUGGGCCUGACAUUUAUGUACAUGCCAUCCCUGGCACUGUAUUUGUUAAAUUUGUCAAAUUAUUUUCACAUGUUCUGUUUAAUUUCAUGAGUGAAUUUCUUCAUAAGCAAAAGCUUAUACAGUUUCAGUUUCAUUCAAGAUGAGUAUAGUGUAUUUUGUCUAUCAUCUUUCCAAAAGACAACACAGUAAUUCAUCUUUUCAUGAACUUAACAAGGUAUGGUGAGAACAAUACAGCAAGUAGAAGAGUCAAGUAGUAUUUUGUGACCUUCUUUACAAUGUUCUUGUACCAGGGAUGUGUGAAAAUUGCCCUAAUCAUGACAGGGAUAUUUUUAAUGUAAAAUUUGAGAUCCUUGUGUGUGAAAGUUACUCUGAUUGCCAUUGUAAUAUUUUUGCUUACAGUUAUAUGUGCUCUCAUUUACUAUUUCUAUAUUCUUUUACCACAACAGAAAUAGAACCUUUAAAUUCUUAUCUUACUAUGUCCUUGUUUUAAAUAUAGUAAUAUAAACAAUAUGAUCAAAUUUGCUACAAUAAAUUCAUAGUAAAUCUUAUUGAUACCCAGUUUACCUUUGGCAGUGUCAAAAAAAUGCCCUUACCCCCACAGAUUACCUGCUAAGAACAAAAUCAAGGCAGAAAUAAUUCAAGGUACAAACUUGUAUGUUUAAACCAAUACAAGUUUCUUUAGAGCCCAUUCUAGCUUUGUUUAUCAAGGAUAUUCUAGGAUUAUUCAAGGAAUAUAUAGCUACACUAUUCCUGAGGAGAAUAACAGUGAAGUCAGCAAAGUAUAAUGUCCAUGGCAAUCACAAAAACUAUCUGAACACAGAUUUGCUGCCUCACAAGUGUCAUUGUCUGGAGAGUAUAAAAAUGGCCCAAGCUUUAGACUUGUUAGUACAGUUAGUGAUUCUGAUGCUGAUAGAAUGAUGAAGAGAUUUCAAGAACUAGCUAGCUGUAUGAAAUAGCCAGAGAAGGGAAUCAUAGAUGAAAGAUGAUAAAAAACAAAGGUGUAAGCUUGCUGAUUGUAUGUUAAUUGAGAGUAAUUUUUCAUUGUAUUUCCAGUUAUUAGAUCUGUUAUAAAUAAGCCAUUUGUUUAGUAUAUGAUAGUGCUUUACACAAUACAUUUAUUGCUUUCACUUUAAGCUACAAUUUCAUCAAUA